GAAAUAACAGGAACCGGAAGUGCAUUGUUUUCGCGUUUGCGCACUGGUGUAACAACGGCGGCAGCGAGUAUCGUUGCGAGGAUCUGUCAUCAUGGAUUUCCAGCACAGAGCUGGAGGGAAAACGGGCAGCGGUGGCGUCGCGUCCUCGUCCGAGAGCAACCGGGACCGACGCGAGCGUCUGCGGCAGCUCGCCCUCGAGACCAUAGACAUCAAUAAAGAUCCUUACUUUAUGAAAAACCACCUGGGCUCAUAUGAGUGUAAACUGUGUCUCACGCUUCACAACAAUGAGGGAAGUUAUCUGGCUCACACGCAGGGCAAGAAGCAUCAGACAAACCUAGCGAGACGAGCCGCGAAAGAGGCAAAGGAAUCGCCGGCGCAGCCCGCCCCAGAGAAAGUGAAGGUUGAAGUGAAGAAAUUUGUCAAGAUCGGUCGACCAGGUUAUAAAGUCACGAAACAGAGGGAUUCAGAAAGUGGGCAGCAGAGCUUGCUCUUCCAGAUUGACUAUCCAGAGGUAGCAGAAGGUAUCGGACCGAGGCAUCGGUUUAUGUCGGCAUAUGAGCAGAGAAUCGAACCACCAGACCGUCGUUGGCAGUACCUCCUGUUUGCCGCUGAACCCUACGAAACCAUCUCGUUCAAGGUCCCCAGUCGUGAGAUUGACAAAGCAGAGACUCGUUUUUGGACUCACUGGAAUAGGGAAACAAAACAAUUCUUUCUGCAGUUUCACUUUAAGAUGGAGAAAUCUCUGACCGCUGCGCCGGGUCAAGCGGUGUCCAUUGGCAUCAAGCGUCCGCCAUCACUCAUAACUGGAAUGGGGCCGCGCCCAGCCGGUGACUCCAUGAUGCCUCCUCCACCCGGCGGCAUCCCAGGAAUGCCUCCUUUGCCACCUGGUGCCCAGAUGCACCCACAAAUGCCUCCACCGGGUGCCCUUCCACCCCACCUGAGGCACCACUUCCACACGGGCGGACAACACGGAAUGCAAUAACUGAACAUCCAGGAGAUUUUCUCGAAGAUUUUAUUUUAACUCUUAUCUCUCUAGACACCAUGGACACGUUUGUAAACCAGCUUCCUCAUGUUUUUCAUCUUCUGAAUACGUUAUUGAUAACGCUGUAAAUGUGUACACCAGUCAAAAGAUUUCAUGAGGUUUGUGUAGGGUGUCCCAAUGUGUUUCUUAUGUGUAUAAAAAUCUGUGAAUCUCACUGCAAUCCCACUCCACCAAACGAUGUCCAAUUGAUCUUUUUGUGUUUUUAGUAUUAAAAGGAAAAAAAUUGUU